AAACUUUCAGUGUGGUUAUGUCAGUUGGGAGUGAAGACUGAUUAAAAAUUGUCGGCAGCAAUAUGUUUAAUUCACCACUUUUCAAUCAGUGCUUCUCAACAUUGGGUGUGUCGCUAGCUAUGUUGUCGGGAAGUCAAGUUAUGACCUUCUGCUAUGUGCUUCUGCCGCAACUGAAUGCCGUCUCUCAUCUGAAUGAUGAACAAGCUUCCUGGAUAGCUUCAAUCAACGGUAUAGCAUUACCUAUCGGUCUCCUGGUUACUACACCGAUUAUGAAUAAAUACGGCCGCAAACCAACAAACAUCAUCCGAGCUAUACUCAUCACAGCCGCCUGGAGUUGCCUCUCUCUCACUACAGAUUACUACGUUAUUCUCUUCUGCAGAUUCCUGCAAGGCAUCUGUCUCGGUUGUGCAGCUAUCCUUGUUCCUGUCUUGCUUGGAGAAUAUGCCAGUCCAAAAUACAGAGGCGCCUGUCUAACAACAAUAGCAAUUUCUAUAUCCCUUGGAGUUUUAUCUAUACAUACUUUAUCUUUUCUUACUUGGCAUUAUAUAUCUAUUAUAUGUGCUGCAAUUAGUCUCUUAAAUAUAAUAAUUGCUAUAUUUUCUCCUGAGUCUCCAAGUUUUUUGGCUAAGAAAGGUAAAUACGAUGAAUGUAGACGUAUAUUCAAUUGGUUGAGAUAUCCAAAUGAAGUGCAAGAAUUGGAGAAAAUGAUACAAAUUCAAAUGUCAGCUGUCAAUCGGAAGAAAAAAGAGAGUUUUAAGAAGAUAGUAAGAGAUUUUUUCAACAUGUGGAAGAAGAAAGAAGUUUACAAACCUUUAUUUUUAAUGUUCCAUUUACAUAUUAUUAAUGAAUGGUGCGCGGCGAAUGUACAUGACGCAUUUACGACGUACAUUUAUAAAAGAGUGAUAGGUGACAUAGAAAUUUCUCUUCUAAUAUCAACCGACAUACUUCGAGCUUUGUCGGCUGUUUGCGCUUUUAUUAUUGUAAGAAAAUUAAAAAGAAGAUUAAUGUUAUUAUUAACUGUAUUAUUAAAUAUUAUAUCAUUAUUAAUAUUAUCUAUUUAUGUUUAUUUAAAAAUGAAUUCACUUUUAUCUUUCGAUCAUCCAUACAUCGGUGUAUUUUUAAUACAUUUUUAUGUAUUUUCUUUUUCCUCAGGUUGUUUAGUUUUACCAAACAUACUUUCCGGUGAGAUAUUCCCUUUGCAAUAUAGAGAGAUAUGUCAAAUUAUUGCGCAAUUAUUUUUCUCUAUUAAUUUGAUAAUUAAUAUGAAAACGGCUUUACAAAUGUUUAAUGUACUUGAACUGUACGGUUCCUUGUUAGUUUAUGCAGGUUUAGUUGCAUAUGGAUUGUUAAUAUCUUUAAUAAUACUACCAGAAACAAAGGAUAAAACAUUACAAGAUAUUGAAGAAGAGUUUAAAGGUUUAAGAGAUAGGGAAUUGAGUAAUUUGUUAAUUGACAAA